CCACUUUCACCUAACAAAAACAAUCAGGGCAUUUUCGGCAUUUAAAAAUGAGAAAUUUAAAGGGAACUUUUUUAAUCCGUCUAUGCAGCUGUUGACCAAGUGAGCAACCAUCAAUACAAAGUCGUCCCUCUCACCGCCGCCUUCACAACCACCACCACCACCUCCUCCUCCACACCACCACUCCUACCCUCCCUCCCACUGUACCACCAAGAAAAUGGCGAAACUGCCCCUCCCCCUCCUUCUCCUCUCCCUCCUCCUCUCUCUCCUCCUCUCCCCCACCACCGCCGAGAUCAAAAACCUGAAAAUCUCCGCCGACAACCGCCCCAUGAUCCUCUUCGAGAAAUUUGGCUUCACCCUCACCGGCCACGUCACCAUCUCCGUCUCCGACGUCUCCGUCACCUCCUCCCUCCCCAACCUGAAUCCUUCCCUCCUCGGCUUCUUCCUCCUCUCUGAAGAAUCCCUGAUCCAAGUCCUCCUCGAGCUCCAACAAAACCCUGGCUUUUGUGUCCUCGACAGCCGCUACAUCACCAAACUCUUCACCUUCCGCGAUCUCUCUCUACCACCUCACCCAUCCUUCAACCAGUCCUACCCCGUCAGUGCCCCCAACGAGUACAGUCUCUUCUUCGCCAAUUGUGCCGCCGAAAGCCGAGUCACCAUGUACGUUCGCACUGAGGUCUACAAUAUCGACAACGGCGUGAAGGACUACCUCCCCGCCGGCCUCACUCAACUCCCUACCAUAUUCUUCCUGUUCUCCAUCAUCUAUUUCGUCUUUCUAGGGUUUUGGGCCCAAAUCUGUUACAAAAACAAGAGAUCCGUUCACCGGAUUCACAUUCUGAUGGCCGGAUUGCUCCUCAUGAAGGCACUGAACCUGAUCUGCGCCGCCGAGGAUAAACACUACGUGAAGGUGACUGGUACGCCUCACGGCUGGGAUGUGUUGUUUUACAUCUUUCAGUUCAUAAGGGUUGUGUUGUUGUUCACUGUGAUUGUUUUGAUCGGGACUGGUUGGUCGUUCUUGAAGCCAUUUUUGCAAGAGAAAGAGAAGAAGGUAUUGAUGAUUGUGGUUCCGCUUCAGGUCUUGGCCAAUCUGGCUUCGGUCGUGAUUGGCGAAACCGGGCCGUUUAUCAAGGAUUGGGUGACUUGGAAUCAGGUGUUCUUGCUGGUUGAUAUUGUGUGUUGUUGUGCCAUCAUUUUCCCGAUUGUGUGGUCGAUCAGAUCGUUGAGGGAAACAUCGAAGACGGACGGGAAGGCCGCGAGAAACUUGGCAAAGUUGACCCUUUUCAGGCAGUUCUAUAUUGUGGUGAUUGGGUACUUGUAUUUCACGAGAAUUGUGGUGUUUGCACUGAGGACCAUUGCUGCAUAUAAGUACCAGUGGGUGAGUAAUUUGGCGGAGGAGAUUGCAAGCCUUGCAUUCUAUAUGGUGAUGUUUUAUAUGUUCAGGCCGGUGGAGAAGAAUGAGUACUUUGUUCUCGAUGAGGAGGAAGAAGAGGCUGCGGAGAUGGCCCUCCGGGAUGAGGAGUUUGAGCUUUGAAAUCCUUGGGAAGAGAUUGGUGAUUGGUUACUUCUCUUCAUGUAUUUUUGUGCUCUCACUGAAAACAUUGUGAGUUGUUUAAGUAGAUUUUACAGAACAAUACUGCCUUCUUCUUUUUUUCUUCCUUCUUUUUUCGUUAUAAUAACUUUGGUAUUUACAGAAUACUGUUUGUAUUUCCUGCCGAUGAAUAUCAUGAGAAUUUGUUGCUACUAA